AUGCAUCCUUGGUUUAGCAUGGCCGGCGGCAUGAGCAGUGAAGACUCUGCCUAUGGAGCCAUGCCUGACGAUCUCGGAUCGGUCCAGACACAGCAGCUCCGCAGUCAACUUGAUCCCCCAGGGUCCUACUAUUAUCCAGCCCUGGCGCCGCAGUCAGUGGGCUCUCGGCGCCGACAAGCCCCCGUGGUCUCAGUGGCAGGACAAUCGGCUAUGGCUAACGUUCUUUCUGGAGAUACGCCUCUGUUUUCUUCUAAAGAGGACCUCGCUGACACAGUGUCUAUUCUCCAAGCAAAGUCCUUGAACGAACGUUCAUUGAGUCCAAGUCUACAGGGCUAUCCCUGCUCCACAACAACAGGUGACUGCUACAAAACCUACUUCAAAUCAAUGUCGCAUUUCAACUCUGCGCCUCUACAACAUCCUUUCUUGGAUACCUCAUUCAAGAAGACUGUCUCAUCACUAUACAACUUUGACAAAACGCUCUUACAUUCUCUAAUAUUUCUUACCUAUGACACAGUAUUACUCGUCAAAAAUGAGUUGGAUCACUUUACAAUGAUACAAUCUACCCUGUACGAGGUAGAACAAGAGCGUCCUAAUUUACUUUGA